AUGUCCGCCCAAGCCCUGAACCCAAACCGCCCGCCUGCCCGCCUGCCCGCCGCCCGCAACGGCCGACACAGGCACACGCAUGCGUGCGUCGCGGUGCAUGCUGCAUCCUGCCUGCAUCCACUCGUCCACGCCCAGCCGAGGCCAGACACAGGCACAGGCACAGGCACAGGCACCGGCACAGGCACAGGCACAGCGAUCGGAGCCUCUCAGGGCCACUCAGCCCAGCGGCCGGGGGCCACGACAGCCGACCGUCCACGGCUCAGGAGACGGCGGGCCUGCGAUAGGCCAGUCCUUGCCACGGCCCUCGCCGAGCCACGACCGCCAUCGCCAGAGUUGUCUCAACGGGCCAGGGCCGCUCCAAGCUGCCACGACGCUGCUCUGGGGCGCGCGUCAGGCACAUGUCCUCCCAAACAGCCUGCGCCCGCCGUCCAGGUGCUGCCACCAGGCUCCACCUGCCACCUCGCCGCUGUCCUCGACUGCUGGCCCUCGGUCGACUGCUCCGUCGGCCAUCGCUCACCGCGCGGCGGCCGCGGGACGCACGACAGAGCGCACGGUGGCCCCACAUACAAGGCGCCCGCCCAAAGCCUGCCCGGCCGGCCUGGUGGCAUGCCUCCACGACCUCGCUCUUCUCAAAUCGUCGGUCACAACUCCCCUUCUGGCUUCGUCGACUCCGACUCGGGAGCCCUCGUCGCAGAUCACUCGCCUGCGUCCCCCAAAGGACGAGAGGAUCCCGACGACGGCGGGCGGCAGCGUCGUCUGAGCGCCUCCAUCCUGACACACCCGGCCCAAGCCCUAUGGAACGGACGUGAUUCAGACCUGACAAAGUCAUAUAUUUUAGCUGAUAUCCGACGCGCCGACGCAGUAGGCUCACCCAUCAUCUCGUCGCCCUACAGCUGUCAAUCUAUGGUGCCUACUGCUUCCCUGCACCCUGGAUCCGUAGUCUUGCGCCAGGCGUGGCGGUGUGCGUAUUGGACUGCAUCAAACGAGAGAGCAAGCGAAGGCAACCACCAACCUGGAACCUGA